AUGACCAUCGCCAACGACCAACCGGAGGGUAUGGUUUCCAACAAGAGCGGCCUUACCACUCACUCUGCCGGGGUCUCGUCCGGCCACGACGGCCUUGACUCCUCUGACCGGGGCUCUAGAGCGGCUCCAGACAGCGAGACCUCCUUCGAGACCGCCGAGGCCACCCAGGGUCUGUACCUCCUUGAGUCGAAAUCAGUUCACUGGUGGAGCUACCUGGCUACAGCCGAUUUCUGGAUCGUCGUUGCCAUAGGGCAGAUUCUGGCGUUGUGUAUUACGGCCACCAACACAUUUACCACCUUUCUGCAACGGGAGAAAUUCAACGCACCCGCAUUCCAGACACUCUUUAAUUAUGUGUUCCUUGCCAUCAUCUUCAAUGGCAUUUUCUUCCUCCGAGAUGGUCCCCGAGCUUGGGGAUAUGUUGCAUACCACGAUGGGUGGAAGUACCUCAUCAUGGCGUUUCUCGACGUUGAAGGGAAUUACUUUACUGUUUUGGCAUACGCGUACACCAACAUUUUGUCUGCGCAGCUGUUAAACUUUUGGUCAAUUGUGUGUGUGGUCAUUAUCUCAUUCGUGCUCCUCAAGGUCCGCUACAAGCCGUUCCAAGUCAUCGGUAUCUUGGUCUGCUGCGGAGGCAUGGGCAUCUUGCUUGGGUCCGAUUACAUUGUUCAGAGAGAUAGCGGUGUUUCUGGCGGCGAAUCAAGACUUAAAGGUGAUUUGUUUGGCCUGCUGGGCGCCACACUCUACGGCACUAGUAACGUUCUCGAGGAGUGGCUAGUUUCCAAAGCCCCCAUGCAUCACGUCCUGGCAUUCAUGGGCCUCUGGGGCAUGAUUAUCAACGGGACCCAAGCUGCCAUCUUUGAUCGCGACACCAUUGCCGGCUCGGCCUGGAGCGGAAGAGUCGGAGGCUACCUAGCCGGCUACACCCUCUGCCUCACGCUCUUCUACACGCUUGCGCCACUCAUUCUCCGCAUGGGAAGCGCCGCCUUUUUCGACAUCUCGCUCCUGACUGCCAAUUUUUGGGGCGUCAUUAUCGGCAUCCACGUCUUCGGACUGAGCAUCCACUUCUUGUAUCCCAUUGCCUUUGUGUGUAUCAUCAUCGGCCUGACUAUCUACUUUCUCUCGGGCAGUGUCUUGGGUGACUCCAAGAAGCCCUGGCUGGGGGACAACCAGGAGGAUGGUGUCGCGGGAAUCGGCACCGCCAAGCUUAGGGCCAUCAACGCCGCGCGCAUGGCGUCCGUUGAGGCCGAGUAUGGGACGCCGGCUGCCACAAACACCCUGAUAAGUGCCAGGAUUCACGCCAUUUUUGGCAAGAAGAUCUAG